GAUGGAGGUUUCGACGCCUCUGUCAAUGGCUACUCCCACUAAUUCUACCAAGCACUUAUCCAUAACGCCGGGUUCUAGGGUUUUGAGAAGCCCUCUCAGUGAUGAAGAGAUUUGGAAACGUCUCAAGGAAUCUGGAUUUGAUGAGGAAUCGAUUAAGCAGAAAGACAAAGCUGCCCUUGUUGCUUACAUCGCCAAGCUCGAAGCUGAGAUAUAUGAUCACCAGCAUCACAUGGGCCUUCUCAUAAUGGAGAGAAGGGAAUUGGCUUCCAAGUAUGAGCAAGUUAAGACCUUGGCUGAGUCUUCUGAGUUAAUGCAUAAACAUGAUUCAGCCAUGACUAAAUCUGCUUUAACUGAAGCAAGACAACGCGAAGAAAGUUUGAAGAAGACAGUAGGUGUCAAAGAAGCAUGCAUAGCAAGUCUUGAGAAGGCGUUACAUGAGAUGCGUACUGAAUGUGCUGAAACCAAGGUUGCAGCUGAGAGUAAAAUUGCGGAAGCACACCAGUUGAUAGAUGAAGCUCAGAAAAAAUUUACGGAGGCUGAGGCGAUGAUGCGUUCGGCUGAGUCUUUGCAAGCAGAGGCUAACCGAUUUACUGGUGUUGCAGAAAGGAAGCUUCGUGAUGUUGAAGCACGGGAAGAUAACCUAAGGCGGCAAAUCAUUACUUUCAAGUCAGAUUGUGAUGAAAAGGACAAGGAGAUCAUACUUGAGAGGCAAUCCCUUUCUGAAAGGCAGAAGGUUUUACAGCAAGAACAGGAAAGGCUACUUCAAUCACAAACGUUGCUCAAUGAGAGAGAGGAUCACCUUUUUAGUAGGUCUCAGGAACUAGAUCGUCUUCAAAGAGAAUUAGAGGAUACAAAAAAGGAGUUUGAGAAGGAACUUGAAGCCCUUCAUGAUGAGAAAACCAAUCUAAAACUGAUGGAUGCCACUCUAAGACAAAGAGAAGAGGUACUUGCUAAACGGGAAACCGAGCUGAACAAGAAAGAGCAAGAGUUGGUUGAAUUUCAAGGAAAACUUGAUAGUAGAGAAUGUGAUGAAAUUCAGAAAGCUAUAGCUGGUCAGGAAGCUGCAUUGAAAACAAGAAAACAUGAGUUGGAAACUGAGCUACAAAUGCACCGGAAAUUGGUUCAAAAUGAAAUCGAGAGGAAGAGAAGAGCUUGGGAAUUGAAGGAGGUUGAUCUUAAACAAAGGGAGGACCAAAUCUUGGAAAGGGAGCAUGAUUUGGAUGUUCGGUCAAGGUCACUGAGUGAUAAGGAGAAGGAACUGGAAGAUCUGUCAAGUACUCUUGAAGAAAAAGAUAAAAGCUUGAGAGCUGCUGAGAAGGAAUUUGAAUCAAAUAAAACCCUUUUGCAAAAGGAGAAACAUGAAAUUGAACAAACAAAACAAGAUCUGCAGAAGUCUUUGGCAUCUUUGGAGGAUAAAGGAAGACAAGUUGAUAAUGCAAAGGAGUUAUUUGAGGCCAUGAAAAGUGAAACAGGUGACCUGUCAAUUUUUGAAAUGAAACUGAAGGAAGAGAUUGACCUUGUAAGAUCCCAGAAAUUGGAGCUUUUGGCCGAAGCAGAUAAGCUUAAAGCUGAGAAGGCAAAGUUUGAAGCUGAGUGGGAGCUUCUUGAUGAAAAGAAAGACGAGUUGCAGAAGGAAGCCGAAUUUGUUGCAGAGGAGAGGAAGGCUGUUUCCACUUUCAUUAAGAAUGAGCGUGACAAGCUAAGAGAAGAAAAAGAAAAUAUGCGGAAUCAGUACUCCCAGGACUUGGCAUCACUUGCAAGUGAGCGGGAAAGAUUCUUGAACAAGAUGGCACUUGAACAUUCUGAGUGGUUUACCAAGAUGCAGCAGGAGCGAGCAGAUUUUUUGCGGGACAUUGAGAUGCAAAAGAGGGAGCUGAAUAACCUAAUUGAGAAGAGGCGCGAAGAAGUGGAAAGUUAUUUGAAAGAAAGAGAAAUGGCUUUUGAGGAAGAAAAGAAUAGGGAACUCCAAUAUAUUAAUGUUCUUAAGGAAAAAGCUGUAAAAGAGUUGGAACAGGUUUCCUUUGAGAUGGAAAGGCUUCAGAAUGAGCGUGCAGAGAUAAAUCUGGAUCGAGACCAGAGAAACAAGGAAUGGGCUGAGUUAACUAACUGCAUUAAGGAACUAGAGGCUCAAAGGGAUAAGCUCCAGAAGCAGAGAGAAUUGUUGCAUGCUGAUAGGAUUGAAAUCAGUGCUCAUAUGGAAGAAUUGAAGAAGCUAGAGGAUUUGAAAGUUGUCUCCGAAGACAUUGCUGUUGUUAAAUUGCUUAAUUCCGACAUGGAAUCUAACCGGCAGAAAAUAUCUGCAAGGAAAAACUUGAAGCAGAUGAUUCUUCAGCAGAAUGUUGAUAAGACCAGAAAUGAAUUAGUUACUUCACUUGUGAAGAAAUCACCUGCUUCUCCUGGCCCUAUUCUCUCGUUGAUUAAAGCCUGCACACAAAGGUUUUCCAGAACUUCAGACAAGUCCAUUAUGGCAAAUGAGGGUACGCACCUCAUAUCUGGUACCAGUAAUGGUAAUGUUAGCAGCGGACAGCGGCAUGUUGAAAAUGACAACCCACCUCGUAAAUCUAGCCGUAGCCAACAAACAGGAUUUUCUUUUGGAGAACCAAAAGUAAUAGUCGAAGUUCCUUCUCGGGUUGAAGAUGCCAGCAGAGCAAGUGCCAUUGAAUCUGAAACUAAAGAUGUGAAUGGAAAAGCUGCUUUAUUUUCAGAUGAGCGUCUUGUUGCACGUCGGAAAAGGGGAAGUUCCAACAUGAACAAUAAAGCUGGUGAUUCGUUUGUAGGUCUGGGACAGAAUAAGAGACCAAGAGCAGAAGAGACGACAAUCAAAAGUCCUUCUGACUGUGUCUCGACCCAGUCUGUGGGUACAUCAUCAAAUCAAACCCAAGGGACCACUGAAGAAACUCGUGUGGUAAUGGUAGAUAAGGUCAUUCAUGUGUCACAAGUGGCUUCUGAGAAAGUCGAUGUUCUGAUCAACCCUAAUGAGGAGCCUGGGGAUAAUUUGCAGAAUCCCAGAGCAGAUCAAUUUAAUCAUGACGAAAUAAUUGAUCAAUCAAAUUCCAAAACUAUACAAGAAGAUAUUUUACUUCAUGAUUCCAGUGCAUUGGGAAAUAUGGAAUAAAAAGGGAUAUAAUUUUCUGAGCAGUGUUAACUAUUUACUUGACAGUUGUGUUUGAUUGUGAAGAGGGAUGGCAUAGUGUGGAUAAUACAUUAGUAAAUAUAUUAGGAGUUUGUGAGGUAUAUUGAUGGGAUUUAUUCUUCUCAUUCAAUACAGGAAACUGAAGAUGUUUGGAGCUUUGUGUAGAGAGAACUUUGAAGGGUGCUGUUGUGUGUAGAAACUAUGUUGAUAGUUCGUAAAUGGGGAUGUUUUAUGAACUCAGUCCAUGAGAGAGAGAGAGAAGAAAAAGUUGAAUAGUUAGAACUUAGAAACGGCUCAAGGGUGAAGGGACAUCCUUUAGCUUUUCCCAAAUAUAAGCUUUAUCAUUUCGGGGGUGGUUUGGUUUGUCGUUUUGGGACCAUGCAGGUCUAGUGUUUGAUUUUAUCGAUUAGCUUCGAGUUAAAAGAACUUAAAUUUUUUGGUAUUCUGUCUUUUGGAGCCCCUGAAAUUAGUCCAUCCGCCUCGAAAUAAUUCUCCUAUAUUAUGUAUAAAAUUUAAAAGUAUUGACAUUUAAUUUGCGUCAA